CGCAUCGCCAUCUUGAAGUGCAGUGUCAUCGGCGUGUCUCGUGAGUGAGGUGGUGAAUCGUUUGAUCCUGUUCGUAUCAGAAAGUAAUUUUUUAUAUAUAUCCAUAUAUCUCAGCAAAGAUGUCCAGCGGAGCACUUUUCGGUAAUAAUGCAUCGCGUGGCGCCUCGAAAAAUCUAGUCGAGUUCAAGGCUGGCAAGAUGACUGUCAAAGGAAAAAUGGUUUAUCCGGACACGCGAAAGGGUCAGCUUUACGUCUAUCAGUCCGAUGACUCGUUGAUGCAUUUCUGCUGGAAGGAUCGCACCACCGGAGUGGUCGAAGAUGAUUUAAUUAUCUUUCCCGAUGAUUGCGAAUUUAAACACGUUCCUCAGUGUAAAACUGGUAGAGUGUAUCUCCUACGAUUUAAGUCAUCGAGUAAGAAGUUCUUCUUUUGGCUGCAGGAUCUUAAAACAGAUAAGGAUGAAGAACACUGCAGAAAGAUUAAUGAUGUACUUAAUAAUCCACCGACACCUGGAUCCCAGAGAAGCGGUGGUGCUAAUGCAGAAGGAGAUCUUCAGAAUUUGUUGAAUAACAUGUCACAACAACAGCUCAUACAAUUGUUUGGCGGUGUGGGUCAGAUUGGUGGUCUAGGUAGCUUAUUAGGUACAAUGAAUAGACCGCAUAGUGUUCAAAGUACAAGAGCUUCCACCACGACUUCAUCUACUCCGGCCACUACUAAUGUUUCUAGACCACCUCAUUCGUUAACUCCUGGACCUAAUACGGAUUCUAAAUCUUCAACAAGAACACCAGCUCCGUCCACUCCAACUACAACAGCAACAGGUUCAAACAAUAGAAUACAGCUUAGUGACUUGCAAAACUUUCUAUCAGAAAUUCCGACACCACCUCGAACUGAACCAGCUGCGCAGAGGGGCGUAGCGACAGAGCUGACCAACGCCAUCCCUGCGGCGAUCUCUACGACGGAGAGCCUGGAGAGUGCCAUGAACGUGCACUUACCACCAGGGGACAACCUGUCUACCACGCUCUCGUCUCCCCAGUUCUCCCAGGCGCUAUCAAUGUUCUGGUCUGCUUUGCAGUCGGGCCAGGCGGGCCCUGUCAUCCGUCAAUUCGGCUUGGGAUCGGACGCCGUCAAUGCCGCAGCCAGUGGAAACAUCGAAGAAUUCGUCAGCGCUCUGGAGACUGAAGCGAAGAGCGGUCAGGGACAACAACAAGCGCAACAAGGACAGGACGACAAGAGUAAGAAGCAAUCACCAUCAGCCACUAGUCCCGAUAAGGACGAUGACGACGAAGGCAUGGCGUUAGAUUAAGGAUAGGAUUUCUACGCAUCUUUGAGGGUUUUUUUUUCUACAUAGAAAAUGCACAUUGCAUAUAUUAUGUUAUAUAUUAAUCUACAUACAAUACAUACAAUCUUUUUAACAGAUACGUAUUCCUCUCCGAUUUAUGAUUUAGGUAACACGUUUUUUGACAAUGUAUACGCAAAUGUUUUUCUAAGUGUUCGAUAAUCCUGUAUUUAUACAUCAAUGAGAGAUUAGUAAACAUGUCGAUAUACAAAAAUGUUAAAUAGAAACGAAUAAAAAAUUUUAUCAUGUACAUUUAUUAAAAUUACGUAUAUGUACGAGUAUUGGAAAAUUUUGUAUACAUACAAUACAUGUUUACUGGAUUUAUUGCUUAAAUAAAAUGCAGAAUUUAACAAAA